UGCUUGUACAAUUCAGGAGUCUUUAUCAAUGCUCUCAAGAAGCAGUUGACAGGAUUAUAUCCAAUGAAAUUAAGCAUACUCUGUUGAAAGCUGUUUAAACAUAUAAUUUGCUUUGAUCAUCUCCCAUCAUGUUUCUCAAUUCUUUAAAAAUAUGCAACACAGUCUAAACCUCUGAGAUUAGAUGACCUUAAGAACAAGGUUAUUAGAUCAGUAAACUUGGAUAGUGCCUCGUCUCCCCUCUGCCUAAAAAGUGAUCACAAAGUGAAGGAUGCUGCAUUACAUGUAGUUUGAAGUGGAAACAUCCAAUCAGUUUGAAGGUCUUGUGCAUUAAUGGAAGUAACAUAGUGGUAAUACAUUGUUUAUGGUGACUGCAGCUUUAACUACUCUGUGCCUGUGUCAUCAAAUGUGACUUUUGUGAUGACUUAAACAUUACUUAUUCUUUUUCAGAAAACAUUGCACAUGCCUGAGUCAUGGCAUCGCCAGAUGAGGCAGUAGUCAAGAAACCUAAAGGUUCUAGAACUGUUGUUUUGCUCAAGAAUGAUGACUACAGCAGAAAAAAUGGCAAAGUGUAUAUACCAAAUACUAUUGAAAUGGCACAAAUUAAAAAGCCAAUCCGGGGACAAUAUAAUAAGUAUGUCCAGUUUUCCAAAAACAUGGAUGAGGAUAUGGUGAAGCGUCAACUGCAAGAGGCAUUUCCUACCUUUGACUUAAUGAAUGGGAGGUUUUCUUGCGCAGCUGUCAGUCAGGAUUGUAACACAUUUCAGUUCCAUGGUACCCCUCGUGUAUGGGAUGGAGAGACAAUUAAAAGAAAGAUAAAAGGGAAUUCAGUCCUCUACAUUGUUAUGGAGGGUGAUCAGGUACCUCAACAGUCGCAACUUUAUACAGCCACUGAAGGUUGUGGUAGCUCCACAGAUGCAUGUGUGAAUCCAGUUAACAACACUAUACAUCAAACAAAAGAUCAGACCAACCCUAUGAAUCUACAUGUGUCUUUCAAUGGUGAACUGAUGCCCUUCCAUGAACCAGCUGCCUUAGAUAAAGAUAUUGGAGAGACACCUUGUAUUGUUGCCGAGACUGAAAUGGAAGUGGAUGACAGCCAACAAGGUACAUGCAAUGAUCCUUGUAGAAACAGGCGGUUGUGAGUGCAAGGACUCGCAUGGCCAAAAAAGUGGAACAACCAUUAGUCCAAGUGUUAGAUAGAGAGUCUCAAACCCCUACAGUGUAUAUUCAAGUCCUGUACAUGUAUGUGUUUGAAAAGCACCAUUAGUGGCUUUAUUCUGCCAGCUCUGUUACACUUUUUCUGCAGGCUUCCUCAAACUGUUUCCAUCUGAGGGCCUUUGAAGAACCAUUUGUUGUUCCUGAAUCCUAUAGAAUCGAAGGAGCAUAGUAUUUUUUUUUGCACUUGGCUUCCUUGCUUAUUUCGCUGGAUUUUUUAGCUUUUUGCCAAGUCUGUCAUUGUUCAUUUAAAAAACUGAAGUUUGGAAAAUGGAGAUACAUGAGCUUGAUCAAUUGAUGCAACAAAUGGACGUCUCUGUACAAAUGUAUAGCUUUCUCGAAGUAAAGCCAUGGCAGUCUCUGAAGAAAAAGUGUACAAAGAUAUGAUAUCCGUGAUCUCAUGAUAAGAUGCAAUGUACUGCACUUGACAGUUCUGCUGAAUCAACCAGUGGGGCAGCACAAUCAAUGUGCACAAUACAUGUUCAUGAAAUUAAAGAUGUCAAAGUUUUUCCCUCGAAAGCCAAUACUUUGAGACUUUGAAACAUAUCAUGCAAUAGAAAUUAGCCGGUACAAAGUGUAAGCACAUGGCAAAUUUUAAGGUAUCAUGG